AUGGAAACUGAAUCUCCCCAUGAAGAAUUUAAAGUAAAGCGUAAAAGGUCGCUUCAAUCCCCAGAUUUAGCAUCUCCCAUCAGCCAUUGCAUAUGUGUCACCUCUCCAGAAGGCAAAACCAUAAUAAAUCCUCGCUAUGAAAUCCUCAGCACAAUAUACGACCAGCCUGCAUCUCCUUCUAGGAUUCUCCUAGUAAAAGAUACAGAAACCGACGCAAUCUUGAUUUUAAAGCAGCUUUUAAAGUGCAAAAUCCUUUCCCAUGCCCAAAAUAUAUCAGCGCUCCGAGAAAUCGAAAUCCAUCAAUCCAUCCGACACCUAAACAUCGUCACAUUUUACGACUCAGGAGAAACUGAAGACGCCUAUAACCUUUUGCUUGAAUAUCUACCUGGCUACCUUUAUUUUACUGACAGAAUUGAGGUAAAUAACAAGCCUUUUAACUUAAAACCUGAUGGAGGAGUCCAAAAAUUGAAAAGUUUUUCUUAUGAUGUCAUACAGGGCUUAGAAUAUUUGCAUUCACAAGGAAUAAUCCAUUUGGACUUAAAGCCAGGAAACCUUUUAUUGUAUACAGACGUAGAUGAAGAUGAGUAUCCUUUAGUGAAAAUUUGUGAUUUUGGGCUUAGUAGGAAAGUAGAUGAAACUGGAUAUGCUUUGAUAGAAAAAAAAUGUGGGACUGAUAAGUAUGUUCCGCCUGAAGUUAAUGAUGGGGCAAGGAUUUCGCCUGCUGCGGAUAUGUGGAGCUUAGGGCUACUUUUGCAUAAUUUAGCUGUCGGGUAUACACCACAUGCAAUGAAGUGAACACCGGGGCAACCGAUUCCAUUUCAUAAAAGACAUUGGCCGAAGUAUGAAGGGACUGGGCUGAAAGAAUUUAUAGAAGCGUGCUUAAGGUUGAAACCUGAAGAACGAAUCACUUCGAGGGAUGCACUAUUGCAUCCCUGGCUUAGUUUUAACUAG